GUGGCUGUUUGGUAACGCCGGUUGCCAGUUUUACGCCUUCAUGGGAUUUCUGUUCGGCUCAGCUAACAUCGGCACGCUGGCCCUGAUAGCGCUGGAUCGAUACGCCGUUACCUGCCGGUGUGAGAUACGAGGUCGUCUGACCUAUGGCCGCUACUGUCACCUAAUCGGACUCGUUUGGCUGUCGUCUACGUUCUGGGCCUCUAUGCCGCUGCUCGGUUGGUCCAGGUAUAACUACGAACCCUCUCUCACCACCUGCACAAUCGACUGGCGUCACAACACUGGAGGAUACCGCUCGUUCCUACUAGUGUACUUUGUACUCUGGUACCUUGUACCUCUCGGAAUCAUUUUCUUCUGCUACUGGCACGCUGCGAAGUCGAUUAGAAGAGGAAGAGCUUCACCGAGAGAUCAUUACUGUUAUGAUUGGGCCAAUGAGAGUAAUGUUACUCUGAUGUGUUUCCUGCUGGUGGUGUCGUUUGCUGUCUGUUGGAGCGGCUACGCCGUGGUUUGCCUGUGGACAGUGUUCUUACCACCCGACUCAGUACCGUUUAUAUUGACUCUUCUGCCACCACUACUGGCAAAGACUUACCCUGUGAUCAACCCGAUGAUAUUUUUUGUCUGUAAUACGAGGAUCAGACGUGGUAUGCAGAUUACAAUGAAACGACUCUUCUGUCAGAAACUCAACGAUGAUAUGGUGAUCGAGGAGCCUGCACCGAAUACGUCUCACCCAGAAUGCGCGGCCAUAGUGGCGCAGGAUGGAGGUACAAUCCUCUGCAGGAAAUGCUCCUAUUGUAGGCGUCAGGACUGCAAGACGAUAGUGUAUUGAACACUACUCGGUUAAGACUGGUAAAGGGACUCGGCUGAGACUGGUAAACGGAUUGUGUGUUGAGGAACGCUUAGGGCCUAAAGGGUUGGCCAGAAAGUGGUGAGUGUAUUCAGCAAAAAUGGUAAAAGACUGGUCAAACAGCCCUGUGGAAUUUUUUUUUCUGGGUAACUAAGCAUAUGAGUGCGAUAACAAGGCUCAUGUGUUCUGGAUAGGAAAGGAUUCGUGUUAAAACUGCCAUCCACUGAACAGCAAGACACGGUGGGUAAAAAUAUCAUCACAAACCAUGGACGAACAUGUUCCUUGCAUGGUAGACUUCUGACUGAGAGGUCACACUCACGAGGUAGUGUUUGGAAUACGGUGCCCGAAGAAGCUUGCAGUGAGGCAAUGUGCGUAUCCGGUACCUAUCAAAGACAUUUGCGUGGAAUAGUGAGAAAGAGUGGACUCGCGUAAGGUACAUAUCGCGUAAGAGCCGUGCUUUGCGGCAGAACGGUGGACUGAAGGGCCUAGACACCGGACAGUUGACCGUGAAUGACAGGGCUCUGACCAUCGGGGAACGACUGGAGACAACUGAAAGUGUUCUGUACAGUGCACCCUACACCCGCAGGGCGACUGGUGGCUGCUACUAGCUGAUCUGGCUACCAGCUACUAGCGACUUCUAGCGGCUACUAGCGACUAUAGCGACUACUCGCGGCUACUAACGACUUACAGGGACUACUAGCAGCUACUGGCGACUUCUAGCGGCUACUAGCGACUACUAGCGAUUACUAGCGGCUACUAGCUGGCCAGCGCUGUAUUCUGUACAAUGUGCUAUGUGCAGAGCUUUUGUCUUACCCAGAGCCUUCAAACGUGUUACAGAAAAUGACACUACAGCGAGCGACUUCCUCGACACGAUUGAUAGCUCCAAUCUUUGCAAUGAGACCUGUGACAGCGAUGACCAGAACCAGCGGCUUUCAGCAGCGCCGCCACACGUCGCUAAACUGAACUACUGAUUAGGGGCGUGGCCGCAUUCUGCGGAGCAGUUCUGUACUCGAAUGUUUAUUGUAUUGUAUAUUGUAUAAUAUUCUCCUUGUAUCGUAUUGAGUGUAUAACUCCCAGGCAUAUGUGGCGUAUGAUCAAACUAUUUUGGUGCUGUGUCAAAUGCGUAAUUGAUAACCAAUUGCUUAGCGAAUAGCCUUUUCCAGAUGACCUCAACUGCAAUCCAAACCAAAGAAGCAUUCCCUAUUUUCUUGAUAAAGAUGUGAGUACCUAAUUAUAAAUUUGUCUGUAAUGGCUGAUAUAUUAGGGCUCAUAUCCAAAUGUAAGCGAAAAAUGCUUAAGUGUUUUCGUGAGAGGUCAUAGCAAUGAAUCCGAAAUAGCAAUGGACAUGUGGUCUUGACGAACGGGACUAUUAUUCUCAUGUAAUUAAGUACCGAUCUACAAUUGUUAUUUAUUUUUGGGAAAAUUAGUAUAGACAAUGGUACAUGCAAAGUAGGGUUAAUAUGCAUAGGAAUGCAUAUUUACCCAACUUUGCAUGUACCAGCUGUAAAUAUUGAAUAGUUAUAUGUAAGUGCAGUUAUGUGUAAUCGUUAUAUUAUGUAAAAUUAUACGUUUACAAAUGUUGCAAUUUAUUGGUAACUAUAUGUACAUGUUGCGUACGACGCGGUCAUACUACUAUAACUUAUGUAUUUACAACUUGUAAGGAAUGGAAAACGUCUAAUGUUACAUGUAUGUAUAUGGUGUAAAAUGCAUAUAUCCUGGCUAUCCAAAUAAGAUAUAUACCUACUGAAA